AUGCCACCACGAGAUGGAAAGUCCAGUGCCAGUUGCUGUACAAGUCCGGUGGCAGAACUUCUACCAAUUUUCCUCGGCAAAGGAGAGCGGGAGACACCAAGUAGCCAAAUCGAGGCAGGUGGUUUAAGCAAAGUGGAAAAUCCCCUUCGUGGUGACAGGUCUGACACGGAAGAUGAGUGGGAUCAUAUUCGGUCUCGAAAAAGUACCAGCACUCUCAAUGUUGUCAAGCAAAAGAUCAGAAAACAUUUGUCUCCGGAAUUCAACCUCGCUAAGCGUCGUUCGAUUUCCAGCGUUGGAACAACUGAAGAGGAGAUUGAGAGGAGAGCAGAACUUAGACGACUUCGGCACAGGAGAAUCAAGGAAGAACUGAGUAACGAAGCGAGUUACGAUGAUGAUGCAAAGUCUAUAGCAUCUAUCACUGAUGGAGAUACGACACUUGCAACAGCAAUCAACACAUCAUGGGUUCCUGGUGAUCCAAUACCUGUUCCUCAUCUUCUGAGUUCUUCCCAGUCAUAUCCAGUGUUGCCUCUUCGUGGACUACCGUCUUUGGAAGAACAAACUGAUGACGACGAAAGUUGCAACGAGAGCGAAGAUACCAGCAACACAGCACCAGCGAUACCCCCAAAGAGCCGGAAUAGAAAACCAAGAACUGUUAGCAGAUCCUUAAGCUCAGUCACGAGACGACACAGUUCUCCAUUGCUCACCAAAGCGGAAGGCUCAUCUGCCAGUCAUGAAACUCCGCAGCAACCGAGGAAAGAAAGUCUUCUGCCCCCUAUUCCAUCAGCACCGACCUUACCUCCAAUGAGAUUGCCAAGUAUUGCUGAACCACCAAGAUCAUCGUGGAGAUUAUCAUUUGUCUCUGGGAAAGCAGGAGAAGAUGCUCGAAGGCCCAGCAAUGAAGACCAAAUAUCAACUGAAAUGGUCACCACAAGAUCGACGAUCAAUGGUCAGCCAGUUUUGAGUCGAUGGCUUCAUGGCCAAGGACUUCGAUACUCUUCAAAUGUUAUUGCAAGUCUUGACGAAGGCAAUACAACUAGGUUUUCGCUUGUUUCCGAGUCGAGAAGUUGUCCAGUGAGUAACGAUAUUGCAGGCGUCGACGGAGGGGCAGAACAUCAGAAAACUAUAGCACCACUGCACGAGAUGGGAAUACAUCACCGGCUGUUUUCUGCUGGAACCCUCCACCAGUCAUGUUCUUCUCCUCAGCUGGCCAGUUGGGGCUCGCACCACCGCGGUGACUCAAGCAUGAGUAAUGCGACAGACAUAAUUCGCAAGGAGCGAGGCAAGUUUCUCAGAAAUACUUCGAAUUCUGCAGCAACAAGUGAUGACAUACCUCGUUCCUGGGGGAAAUUCGUUCAUAGUAAGACGUCUUCAUUUUACUCCUCGACAAAGAACAGUUCCAGACCAACCCCUGAAAGCUCUCGCUUCAAUCUCUCGAGUCUUCUAGCAAAUAGCAAGGUCAAGCCAGAUAUGCAAAACAUGAGCGCAGAUGACCCUGCAAAAAAUGGGACAGAAUUAACUCUGGCUACAACAUCAAGCGACUGCUCACCACAACGUCUUUUGGUGCUCUCGCGGCAACCUCGGCGGCCAACUCCUGACGACAGUUCUCUUUUGGUUUCCGAGACAGAGUCUUUUCGAGAAAGAGAAGCAGAAUUGAGCAUCGUCAAAGCCAGAUUUGCCUCUCUAGAGUCUCGAAGGUGUCCUAGCACACCCGUCUCGAGCAAAUUCAAAGAGGAGUUCGACUUGGAACCCUCUAUUCCUGAGUCUCCAAUCGUUCGUCGACCUUCGAAAUUCUCAAGACUAGCAAAGUUUGCCAUUCGUCAACACGAUGGUCCAGCAGCAGGAAUAGACGAUACCUUUGGAGUUCCAACCACCUUUGCGCACUCACCCUCUGCAAGAAAGAAAAGUGGAGCUGAAGAAGCUCGUGGAGGCGCUUGGGGAGGGACUCCAAGAAAGAAGAGCAAGAGACCAAGCAAAUCAGCCGAUGAGGUCAAAACUGUACUCGGAGGCCUAGCGUUCAUGGGAAACAGAAGGAAGAAGAAAAAGAGUACUGCUGGAGAAGAAAAUAACGGAGAGGACGAUGAUCCAAAACACAUGCAAGAGUUAGUGAUGGACUCUUGGGAAGCCGAGAUGGCCGCUAUCGCCGGCAAAGCCAAAGCCAAAAGCAAGAAUAUUGUCAAGAAGAACAAGCCAACUGGCCCUGACCUGCGAUAUCCGUCGAACUGGGCACGAUUCCCAAGCCACACUCGCCAUGAACGAAGUUUGAGUGCCGGUCGUCCAGACAAAGUGCAAGCAAGAGACUUCGGUAUGAAAACCGUUGGCAAUGGAGAGCCUACUUGGUAUCUGCAUGAGCGCAAACAUCAUUUGUAUCAUUACGAAGGCGAUGAUCAUUCUUCCCAUGCAGAUGAUGCAAGAAAGAAAGGUAUUUUCGAGAAAGUUCACAAAAUUUUGAAGGAAGAGAUCAAGAACUUUGAGAACAGAGGCGAGCCUCCUGAGAUUGAAGACACUUAUGGCAGACGAAGCAGUAUGAAUGUUCCCCUUGAAACCGACUUUCCAGAAUUGGAGAUUCUACCAAUGGAGCUUCGAAGUGCUGCACAGAUGGAGAAGGAAGUGCUCGAGCAACUUGCUGAACAAAAACGAUUGCAGGAUCUCGCUGAUACUGAUAUGGGUACCAUCGACGGAAGCGUAGACUCCGGUCGUGCCGAAGUCGUUGGUGGUAUUAGCAUCGCCGAUCCAAAGUUCUACGAGGAUUGCGUCGUCACGACCACUCGUCAACUCUCCCCAGAUAAGAUUGAAAGCAGGAAAGGCAAAUUUCGGACGUGGGCAGGGAAGGACUUUGAUACGUUCAAAUCGCUGACGUCUGUGAGCAGUGGAUGUGGCAGUGGGAAGAGGAGACGUCGAGAGCUGAGUUUGAGGAAGAGCACGGAGGAUUAUCAUGCUGAGUUGAGGGAGAUGGAGAGGGUUGAAAGGGAGAAGGUGCUGAGUUUUGCGAGAGAGGUUUGGGGUACCAGGAGUGAUUUGCGGGGGAAGCGGGAUGUUAUUGUUAGUGAGGUUGAGGUUGUGGAUGUUUAG